CCUCGCACAUUACACAAAUGGUGUCAUUUUUGACAUUUCUUGCACUAUCUCUCUCAACUCUCUUGUUCCUAGUCUUUUUAAAAAGGCAACUUUACUGCACAUGUGAUGUCUGCCAUUGCUACCUCAAAUCUCAAUGGUCAACAAACUAUAACAAUCUGUGCGAUUGGUACACUCAUCUUCUCCAAAAGUCCCCAUCUCAAACAAUCCGUAUUCAUGUGCUACGUAACACCAUCACUGCUAACCCUACCAACGUUGAGCACAUACUCAAAACCAAGUUCCAUAAUUACCCAAAAGGGAAACAGUUCUCCAUGAUUCUUAGCGAUCUUCUUGGCAACGGCAUUUUUAAUGUCGAUGGUGAUUCAUGGUUAUUUCAGAGAAAGAUGGCAAGUUUGGAGCUUGGAAAUGUGUCGAAUGCCUUCGCGAAUGUCUCUUGCCACGUUCAAAGUCGACUUCUCCCGUUGCUAUCUUCGGCUACUAGAGAAAGCGAUGGAGCCACAACAUUGUCGGCCAGGAGAGCUUUGUCUGCUUCUCCACUGAUAUGGAAGGCGAAUAGGAUAUUGAAUAUGGGAUCGGAGAGAAAGCUCAAAGAAGCAGUUCAAAAUGUUAACUUUCUUAUAGAGAAAGUCAUUCAUCAAAAGAAGAAAGUUGGGUUUACAAAGAACCAGGACCUUUUAUCAAGAUUCAUGGUGGUAUCCGACGACCACACCUUUCUUAGAGAUGUGAUCAUAAACUUCGUUCUUGCAGGAAGAGAUACAGUUGCCUCAGCCUUAACAAGUUUCUUUUGGCUAAUCUUAAACCACCCAGAAGUCGAGUCCAAACUAAGGCUUGAACUUGAUCAACUGAUGAAUGAGAAUCAAGAAUUUGCAACGUUCGAACAAGUGAAAAAGCUGGACUAUCUUCAAGCUGCAAUAUACGAAAGCAUGCGACUCUACCCGCCGAUUCAGUUUGACUCCAAAUUCGCAGUUGAAGACGAUAAAUUACCCGAUGGAACCCUGGUUAAAAAGGGAACGAGGGUCACAUUCCAUCCAUAUGCAAUGGCUCGGAUGGAAACCAUAUGGGGUAAGGAUUGCAAGGAGUUUAAACCGGAAAGGUGGUUGAAGGGUGGGAUCUUCAAUCAAGAAAGUCCAUUUAAGUACCCAGUUUUUCAAGCCGGGUUAAGGACUUGUUUGGGGAAGGAAAUGGCAUUGAUGGAAAUGAAAACGGUGGUACUAUGUUUGUUACCCCGGUUUAGCUUUAGACUUGUAAACUUCGAUGGUGAGCUUCAGUUUGAACCGGCGUUAACGGCCACUGUGAAGAAUGGGCUUCCAGUCAUUGUUAGCGAGAGGAGUGUUGCAAGUCAUUGAUUUCUCUCUCUCUCUCUCUCUCUCUCUCUCUC